GUGGCUGAACUGGCUUCACCUCUUGACCAUGGGCUCCAUGCCUGUUCAAAGUGUUUGUGGAAUAUUGGUAUUACUCAGUGUAUGUUUGGUGCCAUUCACGCCAUCCUGCAAUGGAGGAAACAUUCUCGUGUUUCCAGUAGAUGCGAGUCACUGGGUCAAUAUGAAGAUCCUGCUGGUAGAGCUCCACGCCAGGGGACAUAACAUCACAGUGAUCAGAGCCUCCAACAGCUGGUACAUCGAUGAAAAGUCACCCCUCUAUACCUCUAUUAGCCUCCCAAUGGAUAAGGGAAUGAAGAACUAUUUGGAUGACUUUGUACAUGAGAAUAUAAGGGUGCAAAGAGAGGGGGCAUCUUUACUUACUGUUGUCAAACUCAUCAAGAAUUUCUUUUCCAUAAUUUUGGAAAUUCAUGAAUUGUGGGUUGGUAUGACUGCUAGACUCCUUGAUGAUGAAAAUAUGGUUCAAAGAUUACGUGAUGCCAAAUAUGAUCUGGUUAUCACUGACCCAGCCAUUGCAACUGGAGUUGUAUUAGCCAAGUUUCUCAAACUGCCCACAGUGCUCAACGUUCGAUGGAUCACUUCUGGAGAUGGCCACUUUAUGAUCGCCCCCUCUCCCCUCUCUUAUAUCCCAGCCCCAGGAUCAGGAUUAACAAACAAAAUGACCUUCAUCCAGAGGGUCAAGAACUUUUUCUACCACGGCAUUGUUGAAUACCAGCAGAGAGUUUUGAUAGAGCCAUGCUAUGAUUCCUUUUGUGAUAAAUACAUUGAAGGUGGAUGCAGCGUCACCUCACUUCUCCAGGAAGCAGACAUUUGGCUGUUCAGAUCAGAUUUUGUGUUUGAUUUUCCUCGACCCACAAUGCCAAAUGUCAUCUACAUUGGGGGGUUUCAGUGCAAACCAGCUCAGCCUCUGCCAGCAGACCUGGAGAACUUUGUUCAGAGUGCUGGGGAGCAUGGAGUCAUCAUCAUGACUUUGGGAACUUGGGUUAACAAUUUGCCUGAAGACCUUGCAGAUGAAAUCGCCAGUGUCUUUGCCAAGAUGCCCCAGAAGGUGAUCUGGAAGCACAAAGGAAAGAGACCCUCUACUCUGGGCAACAACACCCUCAUAGUGGACUGGAUGCCCCAGAAGGACCUCCUGGGCCACCCUCAAAUCAAAGCCUUUGUAGCUCACGGAGGCACCAACGGAGUCCAGGAAGCCAUCUACCACGGGGUCCCUGUGCUCGGCAUACCGCUGUUCUUUGACCAGUAUGACAACCUGCUACGACUGCAAGAGAGAGGAGCUGGGAGGAUCCUGGAGCUAGCUCAUGCCAAUGAACAUAGUUUUGAGCAAGCGCUCAAGGAGGUGCUCUAUCAGGACAGCUACAGACAGAACAUUCAAAGGUUAUCCCGUCUGCACAGAGACCAGCCAGUGGCACCCAUGGAUCAGGCUGUAUUCUGGGUGGAGUACGUGAUACGCCAUAAAGGGGCUCCUCACCUUCGUACAGAGGCCUAUAAGAUGCCCUGGUACUCAUACCACUCUUUAGAUGUACUGCUACUAUUGAUGAUGGUAGCAACUGUGCUGCUGCUCUCCACUUUUGCCGUAUUAAGGUUUCUAUGCUGCAGACACAGAAGGAAGUCCAAAACUAAACAACACUGAUAUAGGAAAAACUUGUUCAUCAAAAAACCUGAUUGAUUUUCAUAAGCCUUGUAUUUGAAAAAUAUAUGAUUUUAAUUAAUAACAUGAAUAUCUUAUAAUUGAUUGAGAAGUCAAAUGAUCAUUCAUUGUUGUAAUUUUUCUUAUGGUUUAUGUGUUUCAAAGAUUUCAGCUUGAACACCCAAAAAUCAUGGGACGUUUUCCAAUGAAAAUGACAGCUAACUAUACUAUAGGAAGCUUUGAAUAACUGCUCAGCACUCCUGCAUAAUACUAAAAUGUUCAAAUAACAGAGCGUUCUUUCCGAACAGGGUGGUAGACAGUCAGGAAAGCUGCCAGCUAUUAAACUGUUAUUCAUGCAUGAGUGUUAUCCAAUCAUUUACACGUAAAAAGAGAUGGCGAGACAUCUCAGUCUAAUGCCAAGGACAUUUAAAUCCCACACCAGUUGUUUGACUUCAUCAUUGCCAUCAGCUAGCAGAGGCAAAGCAAAGCCAAGACUAUCAGAAGAAGAAAAAUAAAGUCAAUCAAUUAAACAAGGAGAAACUCUCAGUAAUUUGUGGAAACCAAAAACUUGGUUGUGGUUUCAUGUUUGUCUGCCAAUUGACAGUUUAUUUAAAGUGUGAUUUUGUCCUGGCAUUUAUAAGUAGUGUUGGGGUUUCGAUUAUUGUUACGUUUUUAAUACUCAUUGUUAUAACUAUUGAUAGAAAUAAAUAGAAACAUCAACCAAGAUUAAUACAUAACAAGCAACACCCUGAAGAUGAGAAGCAAAAAUCUGUAUCAGAGUUAAAAUAAAAUACUAACAUUAGUAAUAUUUGAUAACUUGGUAUUUGAAUGAACUGAAGGUGUGAAAUUGUACAUGCCACUCUGAACCAGCAGAUCAUAACAGUGUGUAUGCACAAUAAUCACAGACAACUUUUCUUUAAAUAUAUAAUGGAAUUCAUCUAACAAAGCAGCAUCAACUAGAAUCAAUGACAAACAAAAAAAAAUUAUAAAACUAAACUACAAUAAAUAAAAAAAUCCCAAAAUGGCCUAGUGGUUUAAGGCACACCCCACGUACAUGGACUGCCCGAGUUCGAAUCCAGCCUGAGGCCCCUUACUCCAUGUCUCUCCCCUGCUCUCGUCCCUGUUUCUGAGUCUAUCCACUGUCUUCCUCUAUCAAAAAUAAAGGCACAAAAAUGCCCAAAAAUAAAUCUUUAAAAAGAAGAAAACACAUAAGUCAGUGGCUUACUGCACCAAACCUUCAGGUGCUUGGAGCACGAAGCACAAUGUGGAAGGCAGCUGUGACGAUGGAAUGUCACAUGAAGAGGGGUCACAGUGGCUUUUAUUACAUGUGAACCCUCUGCAAUUUCUCCUCAGGUCUCCUCCUAUGAGAGAGGAGACAGACUGAUUAGAUCUGGCAUGAUUCUACAGGGAGUUAUUCACUUAGCAGGCACUGACUCUUGGAUGUUUGUCAUUUCAUUCUGGAUUGGGGCUCUCUCACUCCUUUUAAUCUCUGUAAAGCACUGUGAACUGCAUUGUGUAUGAAUGGUGCUAUACAAAUAAACUUGUCUUGCCUUGCCAUUAA